AACAACGUUUGUUGUCCUCUCCUCUUCCCUUACGUAUGCAAACCAAAUGUUCUUCUCUUUGGUUACAAUGUUCAUAAAAGAGUUUUCGUUUCUACCAAUUCCUUUUGUCUUUCGUUUUACGCGUCCCUGCGACGCUAACCCUAGACGACGAAGUUCGUUCUACACCGAUCAACAACUCUGCUAUUUUCCGAUGUCCCAGGAGCCAAGUCACUGUUCUUAGUUUCCCCAAGAUCUUGAACUCUCCUGAUCUGUAAAUCUUUCACCUACCUUUGGUAACAAUUUUGAGAAAAACCCAUAUCUGGGUUUUUCUCAAACCCAGAUUUGGGUUUCAUCACAGACGUUCCCAAUGUUGCUUUGCCUCUGCUUUAUUGUCACUUUCUUUAUCAUCCAUUUGGUUCUUGAUUCCUUUUGGCAGGUUGUAGGAUUAGGCUUUCGAUAACCAAUUCCAGUUGUUUGAUACAACAAGCUCAGAUGGAACAUCGGUGGUGUCGUCGAAGAGUUCUAUGCUCGAUUCACUUCUUUGCUGGAGUUUUCUCAAACUUCUGGUGAUCUUUCCUUAUCAACUCUCGCCGCUUGGUUUUGGGACCACUGGAGGGAAGGUUAUGCAGAUGAAGAAGAUUGCCUCUUUUCUCGCUCAUGUCGGCGUCAAAACUUCUUGUGAAUAGUGUAUUUCUGUUUUGAAUUUGAUCCAUUGUGAAGUUCAGUGCGCAUUUAGCUAGAUCUGGCAACUCUUAGGCAUAGAAAUUCUGUUUGGCUGGUAGGUGUUUGGGCAGCUUCACAAUCCAACACUGUUGAAGUCUUUUAAAUGUUCGGGCAGCUUCAUAAUCCAACACUGUUGAAGUCUUCAGCUGCUUCUACACCUGAAAAUCCCGAGGAUACUUCCUCGGGGAAAACACUCCAACGUU